CCGAUGUUGGCCAGACUCCUGUGAGGGUAGGGCAGCAGCUAGGGAUAAACUUCAGAGCUCUUCAAACACAGCCUGGCUUCUUCUGCAGAAGUCACACAAACGCAGCUCAUCUGGAUUCCUGAGUCAAGUCAGAUCUGUACAGGUCUGUGUGCUCUUACUGUGCCUGAUGCCGUGGGAGCUCUUCACUGGAUCUGUUCUCGGCUCUUCCAGCGGGAAGGUUAGGAGCUCAACUCUACUACCAGAAAUCUCUUUUUCUCAAGGGAGCUGUGUCUUUCCGCUGCCAUGGGUCAGACUUCUUCCACAUCUGAUGCAAAUGCCCACAAUAUGGCCUCCAGCUUUAAUGCAUUUUUCAAAACUUUCAAGAUGGAAAGCAAAGUCAUUUCUGAGGAGACCAUCAGUUCAGUCCAGAGGUUUAUAGAGCAAGGGGACAUACAGAAGACAAUUUCUACAAUCAAUGCUGCUUUGGCAGAGGUCGAGAAGGCCCCUCUGAGCAUUGCCGUGACGGGGGAGACGGGGGCAGGAAAGUCUACUUUCAUCAAUGCCCUGCGGGGCAUAGGACAUGAAGAGACUGACUCAGCUAGGAGCGGAGCGGUAGAGACGACAAUGGUUAGAGAGAAGUAUACCCACUCGAAGUUCCCUAAUGUGACCAUCUGGGAUCUCCCUGGGGUCGGCUCAACUACCUUUAAACCAGAAGAAUAUCUGAAAAAAAUGGAGUUCCAGGAGUAUGACUUUUUUCUCAUCAUCUCAGCCACUCGCUUUAAAGAGAACGAUGCCCAGUUGGCCAAAGCCAUUAAAAAAAUGAAAAAGAAUUUCUAUUUCGUUCGGACAAAAAUUGAUAGUGAUUUGUGGAACCAGAAAAGAUGUACACCCAAGACCUACAGUAGGGAAAAAACCCUGGAGACUAUCCGGAAAAACUGUGUGGAGAAUCUCCAGAAGGCCGGCACGGCCUUCACGCAUGUCUUUUUAGUCUCUAGCGUUGAGGUAGCCUGUUUUGAUUUUCCUCUCUUGGAGUCCACCCUUUUGAAGGAGCUGCCGGCGCACAAGCGCCACAUCUUCAUGCAGUGCCUCCCUAACGUAACCGAGGCAGCUAUUGACCGCAGGAAAGACGUCCUGAAACAGAAGAUCUGGCUGGAGGCUCUGAAGUCUGGAGCAUCGGCCACCAUCCCUCUGAUGGCUUUCUUCAAGGAUGACAUUGAGGAGCUGGAGAAGACCCUGAACCACUACAGGUCUUGCUUUGGGCUGGAUGACAAGUCACUGGAAAACAUGGCCAGGGAUCUGUCCCUGCCUGUGGAGGAGCUUGAGUCCACCGUUAGGUCACCUCAUUUGCUGUCCUGUGAGACGGGUGAGUCUGUGGGGGACAAGCUGGUGAAAUACCUGGAGAAAGUGUUUGCCGUCACCGGCGGACUCAUAGCCACGGGCCUUUACUUCAGAAAGAGCUACUACCUGCAAAAUUAUUUUCUUGACAUAGUGACUGAUGACGCUAAGAUUCUACUGAAGAAGAAGGUUUUCUUAGAGGGGCGUGAGGACUCUGAGCGAGGCUGUAAAGAUGGGGAAACUGGAAAGACGGCUUAGGGUGUUCCUGAAGCACCCUGGCCAGGCUGUGAGAACUUGUAAGACUUGGUGACCCUUGUUGGGAAAGCAGAGGACUCUGGAAUGUUAUGCUGUGUGGCAGUCAUGUCGUGGCUAGCAUGAGUCUUAGCAAAAAUAUGCCGGCACAAACUUUCUGGGCACAAAGUUUUCAGUAAUGAGUUUUUUUUUUUUUUUUUAAGGGUCUCACUAUGUAACCAUGACUAUCCUAGAACUCUCUGUAGACGAUUCUGGCCUUGAACGCACACAGAAAUCUCCCUGUCUCUCUCUCUCUGCCUCUUGAGUGGUAGGAUUAAAGGUGUGUACUACCACACCUGGAAGAAAUGAUUUUUUUUAAAAUUCAUGUACCCAUGGCUUGCCUUGCCUUUGUGUGCUCUACUGAGCACACUCAUGAGAUGAAGGACGUCUCUGUUCCUCUUAUGGUUGGGAUCUGUUCAGUUCAUAUAACAGAGGAACAGAAGACAAAAGAGAACCCGUGUCUGAGUGGAAGUGUUUUUUAAAGUACUUCCUCAGAGGUGCAAGGACACAAGACAGGGAUGUAGUCUUAGAUUUGCACACAGGAGGUUCAGAUACUCCUCA